AUGAUUCCAAAGCGAAUAACAGCUCUUCUUUUCUGUGUAUGCUUAGCUUUAUUUUCGGCCUCAUCUGUGAUGUCGAUAAAACCUGGUAUCUACUUUGCAAACAUGACCUCAUCGAUUUCUAAUGGAACAACUGCUCCGUUCAUUAUACACGCAAGCAAAGGUCUUGAUGUUAAUGUCACUGCUUUGGGCGGAAUAUAUCAAGAUUCUUCUAUUUUUGUGGAAUGGGAUCAUUUUUCUGGUCAUGAUAGCUAUGAAGUUAUAUUUUCUCUCAAAAGUUUAGCUAAUCCGGAUCAAAUUUUUCCCGAAUUGAAAAGCAAAGAUACUGGAAAUGCGACUAUUUUGUUGAAAGAGUAUGGUUCUUUUGAGCCAGGAAUGUAUGUCAUCCUUGUCUCCAAUGCCCUCGGCCAAGGUUUAUCAAAUCCAUUUAUCGUUCUCACCCCUAAUCUCCUUUCUGUUAAGACAGAUACGGAUAAGGUUUCCACUGGCCAGUCUUUGGGUCUUUCUUGGACUCCAUUCAACACUUCUGAUACUUUGAGCAUAUCUCUUAUCCACGUCUCAAGCGGUUCUGAAGAUAUUAUUGCUACAGACCUUCCUGAUACUGGAGCUACCAGUCUUGAGUUUUCAUAUCCACCUGGUAUUUACGAAUUGAAAUUAGUAUCCUCCCUUGGAAUUGGUUUCUCAAACCGUUUUGCUAUUGCCACCGAAUCUAACACGAUCGUUGUCACAGCUACUCCAAACAACAUUUCCUCAAUCAAUGGUUUCACAACUGUCGCAUGGGGACCAUUCGAUCAGGCUGAGAAAUUCGUAAACCUAACCCUAACCGGGAAGGAUGGACUCGCUUAUAAGAAUGUGUCUAAUGUG